AUAUAUUGCUUAACCAACCAUACAAUGCUCAACCUACUUGCUAGUAUGGUUUAAUUUAUAGUAUUAUCUUUUUUUGCCAUCCUAAAAAGAGAAACAUCUGAACCUUCCAAUGGCACUUCAACUUAGCUAUCAACUAUCCUUUUCCAGAAGUUUCUUUGAGGCAUGUAAACCAAAGCGAAACAUCCAACAUAUUUUGGAGGCCAAGAUUAGGCAGAACCAUUUGAUCCGGUGCGGAGACAAGUCUAAAGUUUAUCAAGCCGAUAGCCGGUUAGCCAUUUACCAGCCAACAAUCUGGAGUCAUGAUCUUAUCCAGGGCUUAGAUAAUAAUUUCCCGGUCAACUUCGAAGAGAGGGCGAGAGAGCUAGAGAAGAAAGUAGUGCAUGAUUAUUUAAACAACGGUUGUUUCCGAACGUUGGAAUUGCUUGAACACAUAGAUGAUAUCGAAAGGUUGGGUCUAGGUUAUCGGUUUCAAAGCCAUAUACAGAGACUACUCGACGUAAUCACGUCAUUAUAUGAAAUUAAUGACGAGCAUGAUGAAAAAGAGAAGAGUCUUCAUGAGGCAUCACUUAAAUUUAGGAUUCUCAGACAACAUGGUUAUAAUGUGUCACAAGCUUUUCUAAGGAAAUUCAAGGAUAGUCAUCAUGGUUUCAUUAAAUAUCUACACACGGAUAUCAAGGGAUUGUUAAGUCUAUAUGAAGCUUCGCAUCUUGCGUUUAUGGAAGAAAGUGAUUUGCAUGAGGCCAAGUUAUUUGCUACCAAACAUUUGUUGAAACUUAAAGGUCAAGUAAAUGAUGCCCAAGCUCUUGAACAAAUAAACCAUGCAUUGGAAACCCCCUUGUAUCAUACGAUGCUUAGAUUACAAGCAAGGUGUUACAUUUAUGCAUACAAUAAACGAAAAGAUGCAAAUCUACAUCUGCUAGAGCUUGCCACAUUGGAUUUCAACAGGAUUCAAGCGGCAUACAAAACAGAACUUAAAGAAGUAUCAAAGUGGUGGAAAAAUAUAGGCCUAGCUCAAGAGUUAAGCUUCGUUAGAGAUCGACUUAUGGAAUGUUUCUUUUGGACAGUUGGAGUGGUUUAUGAACCUCAAUAUCAUUCUUGUCGUGUAGGCCUAACGAAAGUCUGUGCGCUGAUUACUGUCAUUGAUGAUAUCUAUGAUGUUUAUGGUUCUCUAGAUGAACUGGUGAUCUUCACGGAUGUUGUCAAGAGGUGGGAUGUUAGAUCAAUGGAACAUAUGCCCAGAUAUUUACAAAUAGGCUUUGAAGCUCUUUUCGAUACAAUUACUGAAAUAGGCUCUCACGAAGACAUCACACCAAUCCUUGUAAAAGUGUGGGGAGAGUUACUAGAAGCGUUCCUUGUAGAAGCAAAAUGGGCACACGCCAAAUACAUUCCAAAACUUGAAGACUAUCUUGAUAACGCAUGGCUGUCGGUUUCAGGAGUGGUUAUACUUACUCAUGGAUAUUUUUUAACCAAUCAAGAAAUCAAGAAAGAUGUAGUUGAGAGCUUGGAGAGGUAUGGUGAUCUUAUGAAAUGGUCAUCAAUGAUUUUUCGACUCUACAAUGAUUUGGCUACUUCAACGAAUGAGAUAGAAAGAGGUGAAAAUGUAAAUGCGAUUUCAUGUUACAUGCACGAGAAUGGUGUCUGUGAGGAAGUUGCCCGUGCAUAUAUAAAGACUUUAAUUGUCGAAUCAUGGAGGAGACUAAUCAAAGUGUAUGUGGCUUGUUCUCAAGACUUAGCAAAUCCGUUCAUUGAUAUGUCAAUUAAUCUAGCUCGAAUUUCAUGUUCUACGUACCAAUAUGGUGAUGGAAUUGGAGCUCCUGACGCUCGAGCUAAAGAUCGGGUCUUCUCUGUGAUUAUUGAGCCCAUCACAAUUAGAGUAAAGGAGCAUAAGUAUACUUAGAUAUAUAUUUUGGAAAAGUCUGUAGGGUGAUAGAUAAUCAAUAAAAUAUUUGUUGCAUCACACUUUUAAAUGUAAAUAUACCCGAUAAAUAUUUUUAGAAAGGUAAACUUCA